AUGGUUACAAUUUUAAGAGAUUGGGCGGAAACAAAGCAAAGGGCCCCUUUGAAAUUUCUGUUUCCCCUAAUUUAUGCUCCUGUUCUUCCUCUCAUUCGAAUUCAAUUGCGACAUAACCCUGUUUUGAGGGACCGUUUGUUCACUGUUGUGCUUGCUGGGGCAUUUGCUCGUGGCUUUUACUUGAUAUCAGAUCUCUACGAUAUCGAGAGCAAAUGAACCUGCAGAUGGUGGCUCGAGAAAACCAUGGCUUACAGCUAUUCUGAAACAUCUUCCAGUUUGCAGAUAUCAUAUGCGGCUUGAUACUCUGGCUACAACUUGAAACAUUAAAGACAUUUUUGAGGGUUAUAGUUUUCUCAUUCCUUUUCUUGUGGGCCAAUAACUAUGCUUUAUAUUACUUAGAAAUGAAAUAAUUACCCUAUCAUUAAGCUGCUUUUGCUAAUUUGUUAAGCUGUUAAGCUUUAUUUUGGUCCUAUCUGAAAAAAAAAUAGAGCUUUAUUUUGGAAAACUUAUCUCUGUUUGAAUUGCUGGAUCAAGUAGCCACAGAUUAUAUCGAUAUGCUA